UCCAAACCAAGUCUGGCAUUCAGUUGUUGACGAUGCAGUCUUGGAUAUUUGAUGCACCCCAUCUCUCUCUCUGACCAUGCGUUCGGCCGCUACUCGGCCAAUGCUCAACCUGGGAAAUCAUUUCGUCUGCGCCGGCUGUCGGCGAACAGGAUAUGAUGUGCUUCGUCAACCGGGCUUCCGCCCUCUGCACGCAUCGCCAAUCUUCCAACGGCCCCGCCGCCGAGAGUUCUUUUCCUCUAAUACGUCGUUGAUGAGCCAGUCAGUACAGAGAACAGGUGAACAGAAAGAGGGAGACUCAGUAGAUUCAGUCUUCGAGUCUGCAACCGCUUCCCCGGCUCAAAAACGAAAAACUGCGCGUUCCCCGGGCACAAAGACGUCGCUGCGAAGAGUUGGACUGGAGGCUCAGAGAUCAAAAGCUGGCCUCACGAAACCAACCGUGAGACUACAUGAAGAGGCAGAGCAAGCACCAAAACUUGUGACGGCAUACGCUGUUGCAGAACAAUUUGACCUGGCCAAAGUCGUCGAGAUCCUUCGCAACAAAGGCUAUGAGCCCGAUCCACUCGGCACUGGACUAUUUCCACAGGUCGUCCAUGUCCAAGUCCCCAUCUCGUCUAUCUACCGUUCAACCAAUCCCUCCGCCAGAGACCUUUCGUCGACUGAAGUUGGCGAUGUUUUUGUCUUCCCGUCCGGCACAGUGGUGACGUGGGCUUUACCCGAUGGGUUUACAUCAUACUUUGCGACACGCACUCUUCUCUCCACAGCAGACAACCCUCACAAAGAACCUAUUGAGACCGAGGACCUGGACUAUGUUGAAGAUCCAAACCGCGAACACAGCCUCAUCCGCGGUGACACAAUCAUCCUGGGAACAAAGAAGUCAGAAUAUCAAGAACCGGCAUCAACGGCAGACCAUCAACAGGUCGAAUCUCAUUUCCAGACUGUUGAUACAGUACUUACCAAGAUUGCCUUCUCCUCCGGGUUUGCUCGCUCCACCAAGCUCGCCGUCCUCGAAACCAACCUUUCCACCUAUCUAGCCUCUACGGCGGACAUCCCGGCCCUCCUAGCAAAGGGUUCCCGGCUGCCAUUCAAACUCUCGCGCGACUUCAUCUCCCGCAAAACAGGCCAACUCCUCCUCCUCCGCGCGCAGCUCAACCUCUACUCCGAACUCACCGACUCUCUUCCCGAUCUCUUCUGGGACUCCCGGCAUGAACUCAACCUGGAAAACUACUACGAUCAGGUUGGCCGAGCGUUGGAUGUAGGAAUCAGGAUCAAAGUGUUGAACGAGAAGAUGGACUAUGCGGCAGAGAUCGCGACCGUACUGAGGGAACGACUGAGCGAGAAACAUGGGCUGUUCUUGGAGUGGACCAUCAUCGUUCUGAUCGCAAUCGAGGUGGGAUUUGAGGUCUUGCGGUUGUGGAAGGAAGGCUUUUGGGAGGAAGUGUGGGAGAAUGGCGGUGGGUCUGGGAAGAAGGUCAAGACUCUGUAGAAUAAAGCCGGCGGGAUCAGCCAUGAAAUUCACGAGACUCCAGGGCAGGGCACAGAGUAGCAUAGUCUGUUGCUCUCCUUGAAGACGUCGACAGCGUAUACCUGGGUAUAAGCUUGCCCUAGAGAGCGUGCGGUGUUUUUGUGAUUGAGAACAAUGCCACAGAAACGACUUCUCCACUUCUACCACUGUCAGCCGUCCAGGUCAGAAUAUAAUGCAGCGGUUGACGAUGAGGUCGGACAAGCGACCUUCCACAAAACUACCUGUACGAUA